UUACGAAAGUUCGUACACUUUCCGCUACAAUAUCAAAUACAACGGGUGGCGCGCAUCGGUUUAUAAAGUUAGGCCUUCUGGGAGUUCUUGGUCGUCAUGGCUGAGCACGGAGAAGGGUCGAUGUCGAAUGAGUUUGCUCUCGACGACGACUCCGAGACGUUCUGUCCGAUACAAGAUGCACCGAUACUCAAUCUUUCGGAUCCGAGUCUCGCUACUCGGUACGAGUAUGACUCAGUUCAGACAGCAUUGGUCACCAUCGUUUACCCUUGCAUCUGUGUUUUCGGUAUUCUGACCAACUCAGCAUUCCUGUUCACAGUUGUUCGGGUGCCGUACAUGAGGACUAUAACCAACAUCUAUCUAGGUAAUUUGGCGGUGUCGGAUAUCUUGUUUCUAUCCACAGGGGCGGGCUUUGGCCUUUGGAAGUUCUUGUCGACUCCAGUGACGAGUGAUUUCUCCAUUCUUGGAGGAGUCCACGGCUGUAUCAUUACACAGGUGCUGAAUACGACACCCUUUGUCGCUUCAACAUUACUUGUGACUGUUGUAGCGGCCGAAAGAUACCUUGCCAUUUGUCAACCAAUUAAACAUCUAAGUAUCAACUCAAGAGGGCGUACUACGGCCUUAAUUGCUGUGACAUGGGCAAUGGCCAUCUGUUGCGAGGCUCUUCUGCUUCCGGCUACGUCCGACUACAAAGUUACAUGUGUCAUAUGGCCUGACGACGAUCACUUCAUGAACUUUCCUCAGACGAUCGCCAGCUGCUUUUUCCCAGCACUUUGGGCGCAGGUACUGGCAGCUUUUGCUCUUACUGUGCCUAACUUGUUGGCUGUCAUUGUUACCUUUGUCUUGUACUUUCUUAUUGUGCGAGAGCUCAGCAGCCGGAUUUGCAAGGCGCCCAGCGAACAGUCCUCGAAUCCAGGGAGAUCUCGGCGCACCCGAGAUCGCGUAGCUAAGAUGCUGGUGAUCGCUGGCACCGUGUUCUACAUGCUCCUAACCCCUCGCACCGUGUUGACACUUUACUAUUACGUCAAGCGUUUCGCUGGUGCCCCGGGCCUUCCUCAGAGAGUGGAGUUCAUACUCUUCAUUUCAACUAAUGUUCUUCUUUACGUGAAUUCUGUGACCAACCCUAUCGUUUAUGCGUUUUCAAACAGGCGCUAUCGAAAGGCUAUUAUUCACGCAUUUUGCCCUGGUUCAGGACCUAUCGACAGUUCUAGUUAAACGUAAAGACCAUGUUGCAGUGACAUGAGGAAUCGAGCUCGAACUCGGGUUCGAUCAUAGUCUUGGUCACGACGUUGUUGUGUUGUUGAUACGCCACCGAGAGGGCGCUCACAAGCUGAAUAGCUGGAACGCACGAACCGCAACUAGCCACGCCAGCAACAGUGUCUUGGGAAGUUGGUCAUACCUCCCUCCGAAAAGGGGGGGGGCACUGCACAUUUUUCUGUUCACGCAAGUGCAUACACGUUGAACAGCCGAAAUGAAGUUGCACAAUAGUCUGCUAAUCUUGCACGGCACUAUUUGAAAGUUGUGUUCGAUCGUGAGUGUAUAGUACAUAUAGGACUUGCCGCUGCUGGCCGGCUUGUCGACGGUCCGACGCGAAUUAUGGACAGUCACAUUAUCAUGGCGGCUAAGUUUCCAAGCCCGGACUCUACCUGACAGCACAGACCACGAUGGUGUAUGAUUUUUAAUAAGGGGUUAAUUGUAAGCCUACAUGUAAAUGUAAAUGUACAUUCACAUACUAACAGGAGUCAGGGGAGUAGAUAGAUCACGCAUGGUGCAUUUUUAAAGUGUGAUACAUAUUCAGGCAGACAAUUUAGCGUGGGUCAUGUAUUAUGCUAAUUAUGUGCGCUAUUUUGUACGAUACAGAUUUGACCAACUUCCCGAGACGUUGUUUUGGCGUGGCUAGUUGCGGUUCGUGCGGAAGUUGCCUUGCUGCUGCGGGUUGCAUUACACGAAAUACGCGCCCACAGAAAACAGUGAAAAAUCGGACCGAAAUAGCGCCGCCUUUUGACUCUCAUGAAGGGGUUGGCCUCCGUUUAUUUACUGGAAAUCCAAGAUUAUGGCCAGAAGAUCACUUUUCGUCCCAAUUUCAUGGUGGUUAGCCACGAAAAUCUUUUUUAUUCGCCUUUCAAGGAAGAUACUCCCCAAACAGCAGUAGAACUAAGGGCUCAUUUCUGAAUGUAGCCUUCCGCCUCUAUCUAAAAUAGGCCCGCAGUUUGGGGCUUUUUGUGAAAGAAAUACCCCGAACUGGAAACUAUCAGUCC